GACGCGAUGGCAAACUCGACCCUCGAUUUGAGCCCAUGGAUUCGACGGCGGUGAGGAGAGGCCGCGGUGGGGGCGUGUGGGAGGGACUUUACCGCCUCCUCAUGCGACGCAACUCCGUCUACGUCACCUUCGUCGUCGCUGGUGCCUUCGUUGGAGAACGGGUCGUCGAUUAUGGUGUUCACAAGCUUUGGGAUUAUAAUAAUGCAGGGAAGAAGUAUGAGGAUAUUCCAGUACUGGGACAAAGACAAUCAGAAUGAUGUUUCAAGCUGCGAUUCCUUUUCCACAAUCUUCAAGCUUACGUGUACUUGAGCUUCCUAGAACUUCUUAUCUUGGUCUUUCGAGAACAUGACAUAAGCAGUUUACUGUUACUAUCAAUUUUUUUGAAGACAGCUCGGUGAUUGUUCUUUUGAGCUGCAAACUGCCACACAAUUUUUCUUCUGCGCCAAUGUGAUCUUAAUGACUUUUUUCUUUCA